AUGCCGCACGCCACGGUGCCCUCGCCGGGCCUACAGGCAAUCAUCCUUUGUGGUCCAGGCGAAUCGCUCAGCACAUUCACAUCCAUCCCAAAGGACUUCCCCAAAGCGCUCAUUCCGAUCGCGAAUCGGCCUAUGGUGUGGUAUCCGCUGGACUGGUGCUAUCGCAUGGGAAUCAAUGACAUCACUCUUGUGACUCCUCCAGAAUCACAACACGCGCUCGAGUCGGCGCUGGCCACACAUCCGGCCUUGACAAGUCUGCCUUCGCCCAAGCCAGAACUUAUAGCGCCAGUUGAUCUCACGCCGACGACUGGAACGGGUCUCCUUCUUCGUUUGCCUGAAGUGCAACAGGCAAUCACAUCCGACUUCGUGGUCCUCCCCUGCGAUCUCAUCUCAGAACUCGACGGCACUCGCUUGAUACAGCAAUGGAUGACCUUGAAUCCACUUUCGCUUUCUGCUAGAGGCACCAAGCGGAAAGGCGGACUUGCGCUGUUCUAUCCAACGCUCGGACUGGAAGGCAUCAGCCACAAGAAGGACGAGACUGAUUUCAUCGCCACUGUCCCGCUCGACUUACCUUCAGUUCCAGCCCCGAAUGGGAGCCUUCGACAAGACAUCGAGCAGCUCGUCAUCGCCAUGCCGACUGACACCUUGAAUGACAAGAUUCAGGAUGGCCAGGGCAUUUUCCAGCUCCGAUCACAGUUAUCUGGCAAGUACGGGCGAGUCAAGAUGAAGAGCAAGCACCGUGAUGCCCAUGUCUACAUAUUUCCGAAAUGGGUCAAAGAUUAUGCUGCCCGCAAUGAAAAGUUCGAUUCAAUCAGCGAAGACGUGCUUGGCUGGUGGGCCAAGGCUCAGUGGCAGAAUGGCCUGGGUGAGAAGAUCUCAUUACACGAAGCACUCGGCCAAACAGCACACUCGUCAGAAGAUAUGGAGAGCUCACAAUUAGAGGAGCCCAUCGCCGACGCAGCUAAAUUGUCGACCACGAAGAUUGCGUCACCCCCGCGAAGUACCAAGGGCUUUGCCUCUCGAGUUGGUGGCUCAGCACCUAUCCCUGCUCUUGAGACGCUGGAGCUGCCUUCACUCCUGGCAUAUGUUCAACCGACACCGAACUCUACAUCUCCGCAACCCCUCAUACGGCGCGUCGACAACACUCAUGCACUGCUAAAUAUCUCUCUUUACCUUGCAAAGCAACAGUCGCACCAGCUCGGCCACGAACACAAAGUCCACCCCACCGCAAUUUUGGCUCAACAAGCUCGGGUAUCUCAAGAGGACUCCCUGGUUGCGGAGAAUGUCAAGAUUGGCUUUCGCAGCAAUAUCAAAGAGAGCGUUAUCGGUGCAAAUUGUGACAUUGGUGCUGGUGCUCGUCUCACUCGCUGCCUGCUCAUGGAUGGCGUCACAGUCGGCGAUGGAGUGCAAUUGGUCGGAUGUAUCAUUGGUAGACGAGCCAGAAUUGAAGGCCUCAAGCCUCGAGACCCGAGCUCUGCCGUUGUGGAAGGCGAGAAGAAGAAGUCCAAGAAGCCGGUCGACGAUGACGACGAAAUGACAAAACUCACCGAUUGUGAAGUGGCGCCCAACUUUGUCGUCGAAGCAAGCACAGAAGCCAAGGGCGAGAAAAUGAUGCCGUUUGAUACAGAGGAUAUGGAGGACCUUGAGGAUGAGGAAGAUGAGGACUGAUUACUCCUUCAUUUCAAGACAGGCAACCGGUCUGCUCCAUAUAUUACGGCGGAAUGAACCUUUCUAGAGACCAUAGACGGGCCGACCACCGAUGGAUUGAUUACAACUGCAGCCUUUAGACUCGGAUUUGCAUACUGGCAGCGCUUCCAUACGUGCAGCUGCCGUGCUCGAGGUUCGAAAGAGGGGCCAGUCCAGCAUAUUGCCUAUGCUGGCGACUCAUUCUGGUGCUAGGC